AUGUCAACGGCAGAACAUAAGCCUGAUGCUUACGUCCGGUGCUCCUGGAAUGGGGAAGCGGCGCGGUGGAACGACUUCACUCGCCGUGUGCGUUUGGCUCUCGAGCAGACGCCUCGAAAGCGCCGUCAUCUGCUUGGACCCCAGAUUGUCAGUCAGCUGACUGACCGCGCUUGGUCGAUUACCGGCAAUAUCGACCAUCGACAACUAUGCCGCCGCGAUAAAGUAGUCUACUUGCUCCAGUACUUGAAGGAGGCCCUUGGACGGCUUCCCGUGCCAGAUAUCGGGGUGAGGUUGGAAUCGCUUAUCCUCCGGCUGAAGCGUCAACCUCACCAGUCUAUGGCGACCUGGGCGGCCCACCUACGACAGCAGUACCGCCACCUACAGGUAGCAUUGAACAGAGUCCGAACUCAGGAACUUUCCAUUCCUCAGCGUUCGUCUUCGAGGCCAACGUCGUCUGGCGGUGGCUCGCCACAGCGCAGGGCCAGCAACCAAACUGAAGAGGAACCUCAUGCGGAGCAACCUGCAGGUGGCAGCGCUGAGGACGAGACGGAGACCGUGGGCCCCGCCGCCGCGGAAUCACCCACGCGAUCUUGGCCACGACGGAAGGGUCGCAGGGAGUCUGCCUCCGACAGCGAUACUUCUGCCAAGGCCCUUGAAGACCUUUCCAUCUGGGAAGCGAGGCUGUCGGUUCAGUCAGCAGCUGGAAACAGCCUGAAGCUCGAGGACAUUGAGAAGGCGCUGAGGGGAAUGGAAGACGAGCUUAUUGGUCAGGAAACCAUGGGCCGAGGCCACCAGAAGGGCGACUACCGAAGACGGACCUACUGGGUCGAGGAGGCUGGUGAGUGGUCUUUGAUCUUGGACAGCGCUGAGAUUGAGGAGUCAGUGGAGAAUGGUGAGACAAUCUACAUUGGCACCAGGCUUCCUCCUCAAGUAUAUCCGGCGGCUCAGUACUCCGGCGAAGAAUCCCCCUCGUCCGACAAUGUCUGGUGGAGCAAUCAGGACAAUGAAGCCAGCGCCGCUGGAUGGGAAGACACGUCGUGGUGGAACUGGGAGGACUACGAGGACCUCUUGACCCCCGAGGAGCACACAAGGCAAGCCGUGAAGGCCAGGAACCUGUCCCGUGGCUUUUAUCCCUUUGCUCCUCAGAACAAGUCGAUUGGAAAGGGACGAAAGGGGAAGGGGAAAAUCCCGAAGGGGAAGGGCCCCUCCUCCAUGGCCUCUUCGUCUUCUACACCUGUGAUGGCCAAUGCCGAUGACUCAGGGUUCCUGGGAGCUGCAGUGGGCCAACCGGGCUAUACGGGCUGCUUCAUCUGUGGAGCAAAAGAUCACGCCUCGGUCUUCACCGUGACUGCCGAGCUGGCCGAUGAAGCGGUAGAGGAUGUACCAGCCUUUAUGAGCCAGGGGGAAUUGUCCACUCAGGAGAUGGCUGGCUUCGCUGUGCUUGACACUGGGGCGACGGAGACAGUAGGAUCCCUUCCUGCAGUUGAACAACUCAUGAGAGCACGGCGCCAGCAUUUAGGGUGUGCUGAAGAAGUUCGAGUUGUGGAUCAACCGCCGAAGCGAUUCAAGUUUGGGAAUGGAGAGUACGCUUAUUCCGCCUCAUACAUCCUCUUACCCCAACAACUUGGAGCACAAGCCAUUCAGCUAGGAAUCUUCGCACUUGACGUCUCCGGUGUUCCCUUGCUAGUUGGCAUCCGUACUAUGAGAAGAUUAGGUGCUGUGUUGGACCUCUCCAGGUUCGUAAUUGUCUUCACUGCUGUGGACAUGAACCGAGCGAUUCCCCUAAGACGUUCACCCAGUGGGCAUGCGCUGCUUGACCUUCGAGGCGACUGGCUAUCCGGAGGAUGCCUAGUCUCAGAUCUGGGCAAAGACAUUACCUCGAUGCCGCCUCCUGAAGAAAAUUUCGUCGAGUCUGCGUACAUGUUGAGUGAUGGCGAUCAGGGGACAGGAGAGAGUCAUGAGCAGUCCAGUGCAGAGCCUGCUUUGGAAGCCGAGCUGCCGUGUCAGAGUGAACUACAUGGACAUGGGCAGCACUGUGGCUCCAGCCACGACAAUUCGAUGAGAUCCCUAUCGACCUUGACUGCCCUCGUUGCACUUCAUGGCCUCCACUCCGGCGAAGGCGGCAACUUCUUUGGUCAACGACUCCAAGACGAAGGGCAAGGGAAAACAAAACCCAAGCAGGAGAUGCUCCCGCUGGACUACGAUCGUCAGGAAGGUGUGGAUCUCCGGGAUCCCCGCGCGGCUGGCGGAUUGUGCAAGGGCAACCACACACCAAAGACGAGAGCCAACCAGUUUGCUCAGUGGACGGAGAUGAUCAAGAAUGCGGACCCCGAUGCCAAUUACUACCCGACCAACAAGGAGAUCAGCCUCACGGCGGCGGAGAACUCAGCUCUGCGGCAACUGGAACGAGCCCGGCGCCUACGGCAAGGGGACUCCAAGGCUUCCGUCACGAAGGAGGCGAUCGCGACCAAGGCCAAGGAACCUCAGGAGCCUCCCUCGGCAGCAACAGUGGCCAUCGACGACUCCGAGACGGAAGAGUCACCGUUGUCCCCGGGAACACUUGUGGUUCCACAGCCAGUGGACAAGGAACAGUUGCCUUCGCACCCGAGUCGGAAGGCAUCGAGGGCCAGCGAGACGAAGACAGAGCAGCUGGAGUAUCAAAACCGAUCCUGA